AUACUAUAUUAGUAUAUUCUAUAAGUGACCUAUAACUAUAGUUAUAGACUAUACUAGAUUCUAGAUCUAGAGUCGGCAUGCCCUAGAGUCUAUACAUUAAAUAAUUUAAUAAUAAAACUACAAACGACGAAAUUGUGGAAAUGUUUUCAACUUUGCUGUCAUACUUUGAUCUAUCAUCAUCAUGUAUUCUAGGAAGAGGCCCACUUGUUGCUUUUUCCUUCUUUGCACUUCUGACGUUAUGUUUAGUAUUGUCAGAUGGCAACUUAAUGCUGAUGUUUAGAGCAAAGUGGUGUCCUAACUUAGAAAAUCUGUCUGGUAAAGUUGUAUGGAUCACAGGUGCUUCCAGUGGUAUUGGGGAACAUAUUGCUUACCAGUUGGCGUCUGUUGGUUGUAAGCUGGUUUUGUCUGCAAGAAGAAAGGAAGAACUAGAAAGAGUCAAACAAACUUGUCUAUUAUCAAGCAGAAAUAAAAUCUCAGAUGAAGAUGUAUUAAUACUACCCUUGGAUGUUGUCAAGUUUGAAAGCCACAAAGCAGCUGUGCAAAAAGUUUUGGAUCAUUUUCAUAAGAUUGAUAUCCUUUUAAAUAAUGCUGGCAAAUUCCAGAAAAGUGGUUGGAAAGAUACAGAAUUGGAAAUUGAUCGUGAGAUUUUUGAAUUAAAUGUUCUUGGGCCAGUGUCCUUGACCCAAGCAGUGUUGCCACAUAUGACUGAACGUAAUAAAGGGCAACUAGUUGUUAUGAGUAGCCUUGCAGGCAUUAUGGGUGCCCCAUUUUCAAGAUCUUACUGUAGCAGCAAGCAUGCUCUUCAGGGUUGUUUUGACACUUUGCGUAUGGAAGUUGGAGAGCACAAUAUUGAUGUGACUGUUAUCUGUCCUGGACCAGUUGUCUCUCAAAUUCUUGAACAUGCAGUAGGCGGCAGACAAGGGGAGGCUGUUCAGAAAGGCUUAGACAUGAAUUUAUCUCACAUGAGCACAGAGCGAUGUGCUUAUCUUUCCUGUGUUGCCAUAGCCAACAGGAUGUAUGAAGUUUGGAUCACUCAGAAUCCUAUACUGAUAGUGACUUACAUUUAUAUGUUCUUGCCAGACUUGGGGAAAUGGAUGACGCUUAAAGCUGGCCUGAAAAGAAUGCUCAAGGAUUGAAUACAGAUUUCCUUCUACCAAUAAAUGUGUUGUCACUAAAAUAUACAAAAAAAGGAACAAAGUAAAUGAUUGUCAAGUUGUUAUUCAGUUACACCCCAAACAUGCUUUCUUACCUGUGAUAACAUACCUGUGACUUAAUGAUGUGAUAGAGAGCAAAUUGUGUAUUUUGUGUUUGUAGUUGUAAAAAAGAGUUUUGAAAUAAUUUUUUUAAUAAAUAUUUUUGUAUUUUAAUGAAAUGUUCAUUUUUUGUCAUAUCUAAUACUUUAAAAUAAUUAUGAUCCUAUUGACAAGUUGUAUUGUACCAAACAAGCCCACAUCACCACACUCACAACCUGCAUGAGAAAACUAUUAUAUUCUUUUAAACAUUUUUUAAAAAUAAAGUAAACAAUUUUCUAAAAUACUUUCUUAUUAUUAAACUUUGGUCCUGUUCCUAUGUUGAUAGCCAAUAACAGUUUUGGAUGCCAGUUCAUUUCACACAUUUAACUUAGUUUUGUAAUUAUUUAUUGAAAUUAAACAAAAAAAUGUUUUUUGAAGGAGUGAGACUCUAAACAGUAUGAAAGUUUGUUUUUACUAUCAAUUUUGUUUUAUUUGUUGAGAUUUAAAACAGCAUUAAAAUUGUGUUUUUACUAUCA